ACCGAGGGGGAAGGCAGUGGGGCCGCCCCUCCCGCCCCACAGAAGAUGCAGUUCUUCGGCCGUCUGGUCAACACCCUCAGCAGCGUCUCCAACUUGUUCUCUAACCCGUUCCGGGUGAAGGAGGUGGCUGUGGCCGACUACGCCGCGAGCGAGCGUGUCCGGGAAGAAGGGCAGCUGAUCCUGUUCCGGAACUCGCCCAACCGCACCUGGGACUGCAUCCUGGUCAACCCCAGGAACUCACAGAGUGCAUUCCGGCUCUUCCAGCUGGAGCUGGAGGCCGACGCCCUGGUGAACUUCCAGCAGUAUGCCUCCCAGCUGCCGCCCUUCUACGAGAGCUCCGUCCAGGUCCUGCACGUUGAGGUCCUGCAGCACCUGUCCGACCUCAUCCGCAACCACCCCAGCUGGUCGGUGGCGCACCUGGCCGUGGAGCUGGGGAUCCGUGAGUGCUUCCACCACAGCCGCAUCAUCAGCUGUGCCAACAGCACGGAGAAUGAGGAGGGCUGCACUCCCCUGCACCUGGCCUGCCGCAAGGGAGACGGGGAGAUUCUUCUGGAGCUGGUGCAGUACUGCCACGCCCAGAUGGACGUCACCGACAACAAGGGGGAAACCGCCUUCCACUACGCUGUGCAGGGUGACAACUCGCAGGUGCUGCAGCUCCUAGGAAAGAACGCGUCGACGGGUGUGAACCAGGUGAACAGCCAAGGGCUGACCCCGCUGCACCUGGCCUGCCAGAUGGGCAAGCAGGAGAUGGUCCGCGUGCUGCUGCUGUGCAACGCCCGCUGCAACAUCCUGGGGCCCGAAGGCUACCCCAUCCACACGGCCAUGAAGUUCUCCCAGAGGGGGUGUGCUGAGAUGAUCAUCAGCAUGGACAGCAACCAGAUCCACAGCAAAGACCCUCGCUAUGGAGCCAGCCCCCUGCACUGGGCCAAGAAUGCGGAGAUGGCUCGCUUGCUGCUGAAGCGAGGCUGCGACGUGAACAGCACCAGCUCCUCGGGGUACACAGCCUUGCACGUGGCCGUGAUGCGCAACCGAUUCGAGUGCGUCAUGGUGCUGCUCACCUACGGCGCCAACGCCGAUGCCCGCGGCGAGCACGGCAACACCCCGCUGCACCUGGCCGUGUCGAAAGACAACGUGGAGAUGGUCAAGGCCCUCAUCGUGUUUGGGGCAGAGGUGGACACACCCAAUGAUUUCGGGGAGACUCCUGCCUUCAUAGCCUCCAAGAUCAGCAAACUUGUCACCAGGAAGGCGCUCUUGACUCUGCUGAGAACUGUGGGGGCCGACCACCGCUUCCCACUCCUCCAAGGGGUCCCCGCGGAGCAGGGCUCCGCGGCAUCACAUCACCCCUUCUUCUCCCUGGAGAGAGCUCAGCCCCCGCCGAUCAGCUUAAACAACCUAGAACUGCAGGAUGUCAUGCACAUCUCCCGGGCCCGGAAGCCGGCGUUUAUCCUGAGCUCCCUGAGGGACGAGAAGCGGACCCAUGACCACCUGCUCUGCCUGGACGGCGGGGGCGUGAAAGGCCUCGUCAUCAUCCAGCUCCUCAUCGCCAUCGAGAAGGCCUCAGGCGUGGCCACCAAGGACCUCUUCGACUGGGUGGCAGGGACCAGCACUGGCGGCAUCCUGGCCCUGGCCAUCCUACACAGUAAGUCCAUGGCCUACAUGCGUGGCGUGUACUUCCGCAUGAAGGAUGAGGUGUUCCGGGGCUCGCGGCCCUAUGAGUCGGGGCCCCUGGAGGAGUUCCUGAAGCGGGAGUUCGGGGAGCACACCAAGAUGACAGACGUCAAGAAACCCAAAUGGCUACAAUGGCCAGAGAUGUGUCAAUCUGAAGCCAGGAGCCAGGAGCCUCCUCUGGGGCUCCCACACAGAGCCUCACCUGAGAACCCCUUUCCUAGCCUGAGGGAGCACAGCCUCUCCUGUGUCAAGAUGGAGGCUCUCUACAGAGAAGGUGGUCUCCAGUCACCCCGGGGCAGGGCCGGAGCAGAGCUGGGCAGCCGGCCACUGCACCCUCGGCCUGUCCUUCCGCUGGUUUUCACUGCUGCCGGCUCUGACCCUGACGUUGAUCCCCUUUGUCUUCUGGUGAUUGGAUGGUGCUCUCGUCCACGCUGGCGUAUUUGCCGCUUGUCCCAGGAGGAGUCAUGGAUUUAGCCUCCGCCCCGAGCCAGACGCUGUGCCGGAGGCUCUGCUGGAAUCCAGGUCUCCCAGGCUGGCAGGAGCAGUUACCUGGCCAUCACCGCUGCCUCCCAGAGCCUGCAUUGACAGGAAGCUGGAGCCAGGAACCAGAGCUGGUACCGCCCUCAGGCGCUCCAGUGCAGGAUGGGGGUGUAUUAAUGGGGGUUCAGCUGCCAGGCCAAACGCCCACCCUAAGUCUGCCUUUCGCGUUGUGGUCUUCUCUCCUCUGGAAGUGCUUUUGUGUCAGGGAGAAGCAGGUACAACCACAUGUCCUCCCCGUGAUUACCUGAUUUUCUUCCUCUAAAGACUUCUACCCUCCCGACUCUCGGGCACUGUUUCUUCAGCAGUGCGGAGGGCGCUCCAGGCUGUGCCUGGUUCCCUGCACUGGGGCCGCACAGCCUUGAUGACAGAAGCGUCUAAGAAGUCCGGGCGUCAGCAAGUCCCCACUCGUCCCUCUUUGUACUGCGGCUGUUCGAGGAGCUGGGGUAGAGAAGGGAUUAUAAGCAUGACCCACCUCCCAGCACUUCCAGAGGGGUCAAAGGUCAGCGUUCCCUAGCCCACUUUGAAGGCCCUGGCACACAGGACUGCUGUGUGGCUGUGAGCCGUUUGCACCCUCGUGCGAGCAGCCGUCACAGUGUUGGCUUCGGCAGGAGAUCAGAUCCUGGUGGGAUUCCCGGGCAGCCGGGAACACGACUGUCUCGCUCCUAGCACGGUUGCCCAGCUGGGGGGGCAACCCACGUGGUGCGUGGGGGCGGCAGGGGAAGCCGCUGCGGGGAUGGGGAGGGCCUGCACCCUGCACCACAGUCCUGUCCUGGCUUGAGGGUUGAGGGUGCCCUGAGCCUGCAUUUGGGGGUGGGCGUCUGGAGACGCAGAGCCUCCCGUCAGGGAACGGCGAGUGCAGAGUCGCAGGACGAGGUUGCCCUCAGGCACGCCCUGUGCCUCGUGUUGUGGCGGAUUAUCCACUUUCAGACAUUCAUUUUCUAACCAUUGCCGGUGUUGAGAAGUAAACCGUAUUUGCUUAUUUAAAAUGUUUUCAUGGUGGUGACACAGCACCCAGGAGUUUCCGUCGUAGCCCUCUUCAGGUUCGGUGGUGGGAGGUAACGCACACAGUGGCACAGCUGAUUUCCAGAGCUUUGUCGCCCCGUAGCACUGAAGCUCUGGUGCCCGCACGGGGGUGUAGUGGAUGAAGACGCUGCCUGCGGCGCUGGCAUCCCACACGGGCACCAGCCCAAGGCCCCGCUGCUCCACUUCCCAUCCGGCUCCCUGCUAAUGCACCUGGGAAAAGCAGCAAAGAACAGCCCAGGUGCUUGGGCCCCUGCUACCCUCGUGGGAGGCCUGGGAGAAGCUCCUGGCUUUGUGCUGGCCAUUGUGACUGUUACUGGAGGAGCAGAGGGGCCUUGUCUUCACGCGAGAAAGAAUGCAGGUGUGAGACAGAGAGCAGGGGAAAGCAACACAGCAGGUUCAUUAGGGCAGGGACGUCCGUAAGAACGGACGGGCCCCUCUCCAGACAGGACCUGAGAGAGAGUGCGCAGUGCACAUCUAGGCCGGGGUUUUUAAGGGGAUGGGUCUUGCCUUCCCUCCCCUUCUUCUCCUUCUCCUCUCAGAACAAAGGACUUGUUGGAUGUAAAUACAAAAAAAAUUCCUUUCUGAGUCUUUCCCAUUGAAUACCAGACAGGGGAAGCCUGGCUGGCGUCACCCCACCUUAGAGGAAGGAUGUUUAUCAGGUAGAAGGGGCAGGACCCCCGGAAAGUCAUCAGGAUCCGGGCAGACGAUUGAAGUGCAGAUGCUGGGCUGCACCUGGAAGGUUAUCGGGAUGACUUUGAGAUGCGGAUGCUGGACCACUGUAGAUGUCGACUCCUUAGGCCUUUGUCACACACAUGAGCUCAUUUCUGACUUCCCACCUAACAUGACCAUUGGAGAGUGUGUGUUGCUGCUUUGAGAGUAACUGGUCUUUUACAGUUGCUCUGUUAUGUAUCUGGGUGUGAAUUCCUUCUACUUUACACUGUAUGGGAUUUGGUGGCCGUUUUGAACCCUUACAUUAGUCUUCAUUUCUCAAAGAGCUAUUAUAUCCUUCCCUGUUAUCUCUUCUUAAUUUUCUACUUUCCUUCUGCAAAGCCAGGUAACCAUGUUAAGCCUUUUCUCUCUGCUAUGUCUUUUAACUCCUCUUGUAUUUUCCUAUCAUUUAUCUCUGUGCUACAUUCAGAAUAAUUUAUCUAUUUUCUGAUUCACUAAUUUUCUCUUUGGCUUUAUCUCAUUUUCAUAUAAUCAGUUUAUUAUUCUAUUAUAUAUAUAUAUAUUAAUUGCUAGAACUCCUUUUUCAUUCUUCUUUAAAUAUUCUAGGUCAAUACUUAGAGUUUUCUAUACCCUGAAGAUAAAAUCAAAUUUGUCUUCAAUGUCCUUAAACAUUGUGAGUGUAGCAGUUUUAUCAUCUUUGAGGAUUCAAAUACCCUCAAUCUAUUUUGGUAUAUUUUACUAUUUAUACUGGUUCAUACUGGUCUCAUUCGUGGUGUUUUAUUUCAUUGUAACCCCCACCCCCAUUUCUUCCCCCUUAUGUAUGCUGUGCUUUGCUGUUGAAAAACACUAUGUGCAGAGUCUUUGGAGUCUAAAACGAGAGUCUCUUCAUCAGGAGUGUUUUAUGCUGUCUCUUUCCGGUACUGGGGACGCUGCCGUCUAGGGCCACUUUAAAUUCUUGGCGUGGAGCUUUGGGCCUUUCCCCAGGUGGAAGGCUGCUCCUUCCUUGGUGGGUCCUGGGCUUCGCUCCGCUGCCCUCGGCUAGGGAAGUUCAGACUGACAGAGGCUGCUGUCUGCCCUCAGAGACCGGAAGCUGGGGCUGCGUUCACGGACCUGCCCGAGUUCCUGCUCGUCCCGAGUUCCGUGGUAUUUGCUUUCCAUCUUGUCAGACCUUCUGCACAUUGAAGAAGACUUUUAAAGAUCUUUCUCCCAGCAUUUCAGUUUUGUCCAGCGGGAGAGUUCUUCAGACGAUAGUCCCACAGUGGUCGGGGAAGUGGGAAACUUCUUUUCCGAAGUAGUUUUUGUCCCUUUGCCUGUGUGUUUUUCUGCACAAUAUGACAAAUACACUUCUGUGUUAUGCGGAGCUCCCCGCGGGUGAACGUCGCAGUUUCCUAGUCCCCCUCCUGCUCUCCCAGUUUGGUUUGCCACUCUGCCAGGUGUCGCAGCGAAGAGCCUGCGCAGGCGCUCGUGCAGUUGAGCUUGCUCCUUUAAGAAGAUUGCCCAAGAUGUGCUUCUCGGGUCAGAUUCCCAGGGCCUCUGAAAGGGCCUUCAGAGUUCUCUAGGGGCUGCGGUGGCACUGGUGCAGGUGUGUGUGUCUCGGGGCAAGCGGGGGUCUUCCUCAAUGGACCACCCACUUCCCUGGCGGAACGUGGAAAGGCAUCGGAGGUCACACAGUGAGAAGUCUCCUCCCCUCCUGUCUGGCGCUGCAGCCGCCAAGCAGUUCCCUUCCCAAAGUCGGCUCACCGCCGCCAGGUGCCUCCCGGGGUCCUCUCAGAGGCACCUCCUACCCAAGCAGACGGUAGGUAAGUAGUUUUGUCUUAAACAAUGGUGCACCAAGCACACAGCCCUGAACCUUGCUUUUUUUUUGUUUGUUUGUUUUUUUGUUUUUUUGCAAAUAACUAUUGAUCUUGGUAACUGUGCCCCGUCAGUAUGGAACACGCUCCCUCAGGCCUCCUGCAGAGACACAGAGCCCGGGGGUGGGUGCGCCGUGCCACGACAGACUGUCCUGCAGUGGACGCUUGAGUUGUCUGCAGGCGGUUGCUAUAAUGACCCAUGUUGUCAUUAGCAGCGUGGAGUGACGGCCUCUCAGGUCGAGCGCCCAGGAUAGCUGGGGUAGGGAGGCCCAUCGGCAGCAUGGACCAGCGUCGCCGGGUCCCCUCGCUGGGCGCUGUGAGAGGCCCAUCCGGGGAGAAGGACAGGGGCAGGACAGCAGGAAGAGGUGGUGGCUAGCUGUCUCCUGUUC